AUGUCGGAGAACAUUUUGAAGUUAUAGCACCUAAAUUCACUUUUCAAAUCCAAGAGAGAAACAAAGGUAGAUGAUAAUAAGAAAAUCCCACCUGAGUCUCUGAUCCAGUAUUCUAACUAAUAAGAAGCCACGUUAUAACAAAUAAGAAAAAAACAAUCUCUGCCUGUCCCUGCUUUAGAAUCAAAACCCACAAUGGAUGAACUAUUAAACUCUUUAAUUAAACCAAGAGAUUGGGAAAUUGAUGGAAGACGACUUAUGUAAACAGUUUCAAUAGUCCCUCCAUCAAGAGAUGACAUCACUAAUUUGCAAAAACUUCUUGAUGAAAGACUUGUUUCGAGGCAAGCUAGGGAAUAUCCUUUAUGUCCAAUAAGAGAAGAAUUAUUUGGCUAAUGUUUUGAUGAGAUUAUCAGAUAAGUCACCAUAGAUUGUCAAGAAAGAGGUGUAAUUUUGGCAAGAGUUCGAGAUGAUCUAAAUAAGACUAUUGUGGCUUAUAAAUCUUUGUAUGAGGGAUCAAUGCCCUUUAGUCUUCAAAAGUAGUUGAAUGCUGAGGAUGGACUCAACAAAUUAGAAGUAUAGAUUACAGAAUUGAAUGAAACUAAGCAGUAAUUGGAGUUGAGAAAACAACUUUUGACUAAUAAAAAAGAGGCUCUUGAAAGAUCAAUUAAGGAAAGGAAGGAUGCCAACGAGUAAAGGAGAAAGGCAGAGAUUGAAUUUUUGAAAUAUUAAAAUUCUCAUUUGGAAUCAUAUCAAAAACAAGUAAAUCCAAACAAGAAUUAAUGA